AUGGACAGGCUCUCCGGUGGCGCCCUCUCUCUGCCAGUCUUCCACACGCUUCGCUCGCUCGUCGAUCUGCUCCCCCCGGUCGCCGCCGAACGCGCGCUCGCCGCACUGGCGCCCCCUGGCCGCGCGGCCGCGGACCGCGUCGGCGCGCUCGCCGUGCUGACGGGUGCUGCCACCUGCGGGGGGCUGGACGCGGCGGCGGCGCACGCGGUCGUCGGUGUGCUGACGUCGUGGCGUGAGGAGGAGGAUGUGUAUCUGUACAGCCGCUCGCUGGCGGAGGCCGGCUACGCAGACGUCGCCCUCAACUGCGAGGCGGCGCGUUUCCUCGCGGCGGCCGUGCGUCGUUGCCACGGCGACGCAUCCUCGCUCAUCGACGCCGCACAGUGGGAUUUCGUGCUGUGCAGUGCUGUCGCAUGGAUGCAGUCGUGCGUGGAGAGCCACCUGGCGACGGAAUUCGCCUCGCAGCAUCUCGCGACCUGCGUCGCCGAGCUCGUGUCAGAGGUCGCGACCCGGGUCGACGGGGUAGCAUCAGAGGUCGCGACCCGGGUCGACGGGGUCGCAUCAGAGGUCGCGACCCGGGUCGGCGGGGUCGCAUCAGAGGUCGCGACCCAGGUCGACGGGGUCGCAUCAGAGGUCGCGACCCCUGUGUGCGACCUUCCGGCCGACCUCGCGGUGGAGUGGCGAGAGUUCUUCGCUGAGGGAGUGUUCACCUUGCUGCUGCCGGCAUUCCUCAAUCUUGCAGAGUCGUCGUCAGGUGGCGCCAGCGUCGUUGUCGCCCUCACGCUGCAGGCGAUGUCGCGCGCAGCCGCGGCGACACCUGGUGAGCUCGUGCUGCGACACGCACUGCCGCCACGUCUACUCGCCGACGAUGACAGCGGUCUCCAUGACGACAUGCAGACGCUGCUCAACCACUGCUGCCCCCUGCUGGCGUCGCCGCACACGUGCGUGCAGCGCGCCGCGUUCCGCCUGCUGUCAGCGUGA